AGAGUUGACUUGGAGCCAUUUUCAACGAUUGUCUCGGCCACCGAAAUUAAAAAGCAUUUCCAUUCAGUACCUUGAGCUGAACAGAAAUAAACAGCCAGAAGUGUUUGUUUAAAAUUCAUAGAAAUGUAAAUAAAUAUGCUGAACAACGAGUAAGUCGUCGAGGUUUAAAUAAUGUUCAGUAUGGUUACAGGAAGCUCGUUUAAAUAACUCGCUUAAAAUUUUAAAAGAAAGUAUUAAAAUGAUGCAAGCAUUCAGUUCAAAAUAAUCUUUCCAAUUGUCUGUUUUUCUAUUUAAAUUUAUACUUAAAAUGAUUCUUAAGCAAUUAAACAGACUUAUUACUCUAAGUCCUUAUGUGAAAUCUAAACUAAUAAGACUGUUUUCUCAGUCUCUGUCAAAGCCAUUAAAUAAUAAAAUUGUUAAGCAAUGGAAAGUAGUAUUUUAUGGAACUGACGAACUCUCAGAAGUUACACUGAAAGCUCUAAAUAAUAAUAGGUUGUCCCCAACUCCUCUCAGAAUAGUUAAAGAUCUUCACGUAGUUUGUGUAAAGUCAGAUUGUCCAGUUAGAAGAUAUGCUUCAUUACACAAUCUUCCACUCUAUACAUGGCCAUAUUCACUUACACCAGGAACUUAUGAUGUUGGAAUCGUUGUUUCUUUUGGUCAUUUAAUUCCCACAGAAAGUAUUCUUGCUUGUGAAUAUGGAAUCAUCAAUGCUCAUCCAAGUUUGCUUCCCCGCUGGCGAGGAGCUGCACCCAUUUUUCAUACAAUUCUAAAUGGGGAUGCUGAAACUGGAGUUACUAUUACUCAAGUGUCCCCCAAUAAGUUUGAUGUUGGUAAAAUUCUGCUUCAAGAAACAUUUAGAAUACCUGAUGAUUUUACCUCUAAAAUGUUGACUGAAAAACUGAGUAAAAUAGCUGCUGAUAUGAUUAUACAAACCCUGCAAGACCUGCCACACUACAUUAAGUCAAGCUAUUCGCAGCCAAUUAGUGGUGUCAUUUAUGCACCAAAAAUCAAACCUGAAAAAUGUAAAGUCAUUUGGAACAAUGAUACUCCACUUGCGAUUGAAAGAAAAUUAAAAGCAUUUGGGGAAUUUUUUGAUUUAUAUACAUACUGGAAGGAUAUGAAGGUUGUAAUCACUAAAUGUGUUUCUGAGAAAGAGGCUGAAUCAGCUAAUAUUUCAUCAAUUAUUUCAUCUUGUGUAUCUUCAGGAUUUUGUUAUUUCCAUAAAAGGAGAAAAAUUCUUUUUGUGAAGUGUAAAAAUGGCUGGUGUGGAAUUACAAAUGUAAAAAUACCUAAAAAAGGACGCAUUACAGCUUUAGAUUUUUACAAUGGUUUUAUUAGUAAAGAAAAUCCUGUAAAUUGUUAUUUUUCUGAGAAUAAAAAAAGCUAACACAA